GUUUAAUUACUCAAAUUCAAUCCUUUUAUCAAUACUAACAUAAUCUCAACUUCUUGUUGGAGGGAUUUAUUUAUACAUUUACUCCAAGUUCAAUUAUGUCAACAGGGGAUUUCUUGAACAAAGGUAUUGAACUAGUUCAAAAAGCCAUAGAGGCAGAUAACGCCACGAGGUAUGAUGAAGCAUAUCAACUCUACUAUAAUGGUCUUGAUUAUUUAAUGCUUGCUAUCAAAUAUGAAAAAAAUGCAAGAUCUAAAGAACUUAUCAGAACAAAAUUUACAGAAUAUUUAUCAAGAGCUGAACAGUUGAAAGAGCAUUUAGAUAAGAAAGAAAAACAAGCUGAAGCAUCUGCUAAUGGAAGUACCAAGAGUAAGAAAUCCGGUAAUGGGAAUGGAAGUGGUGAUGAUGAAGAUGAUUCUGAUAAUAAAAAAUUGCGAGGUGCAUUAUCGAGUGCAAUUUUAUCAGAAAAACCAAAUGUUAAAUGGGAAGAUAUUGCAGGUUUAGAACCUGCAAAGGAAGCAUUAAAAGAAGCUGUGAUAUUACCAGUUAGAUUCCCACAUCUUUUCACAGGUAAAAGAAAACCGUUAUCUGGUAUAUUAUUAUAUGGGCCACCAGGUACAGGUAAAUCAUACUUAGCAAAAGCUGUCGCCACAGAGGCAAAUUCCACUUUUUUCAGUGUUAGUUCUUCAGAUUUAGUCAGUAAAUGGAUGGGUGAAAGUGAAAGAUUAGUUAAACAGUUGUUUAAUAUGGCUAGAGAAAACAAACCUUCAAUUAUUUUCAUUGAUGAAGUUGAUGCAUUAUGUGGUCCAAGAGGUGAAGGUGAAAGUGAAGCUUCAAGACGUAUCAAGACAGAAUUAUUAGUUCAAAUGAAUGGUGUUGGUAAUGAUUCAAGUGGUGUUUUAGUUUUAGGUGCUACAAAUAUUCCAUGGCAAUUAGAUGCUGCUAUUAGACGUCGUUUUGAAAAGAGAAUCUAUAUUGCGUUACCAGAAGUCGAAGCGAGAGCCAGAAUGUUUGAACUAAAUGUUGGAUCUACACCAUGUCAACUGGGUUCCAAAGAUUAUAAACUUUUGGGUGAAAUGACUGAUGGUUAUUCUGGUGCUGAUAUAUCUGUUGUUGUUAAAGAUGCUUUAAUGCAGCCUAUUAGAAAAAUUCAAAGUGCAACACAUUUUAAAAGAACAGAGGAAAAUAAACUAACACCAUGCUCUCCUGGUGAUUCAGAUGCAGUGGAAAUGAACUGGAUGGAAAUUGAAGGUGAUGAAUUACAAGAGCCAGAAUUGACGAUAAAGGAUUUUAUAAAAGCAAUCAAAACAACUAGACCAACAGUGAAUGAAGCUGAUUUGAAGAAGCAAAUAGAUUUCACUAAUGAUUUCGGGCAAGAAGGUAAUUAGUAUCCUGAUACGUUUUCUUUAUUUUUUUGCAUCAUCAUGUGUGUAUUAUAUUACAUUAAC